GGGAGUGGCCGCUCUAGGCAGCGGGGAGGUCGAGGGGUUAAGGGGAUUGGGAAACGACUGCGGCCUCUCCUCUAUGGUCGCGGGCUGGGGGCACUCUCCUCCACAGUCUGUCCGAAGUUACUUCCGGAAGUGAAGCCUCUACCUCUUCCUCUGUUUCCCCGGGGGUCCGGGCGGGGGGCGAUGGCCGGGUUGGCCCCGGGACGAGUGAAAUGAUUAAUGAUGCUUUGCAGCAGUUUUCUAAGUCUGAAAUUUUUUAUAUCUGUGGAUCCCAGAAUUUGCUAAGAGAUGGAGGAGCCUCAGAAAAAUGAUCUGAACGUGGUGGGCCUUGAGAACGAUGACCCUCUCAAAAGCACCGGGCCUCAGAUUUCCGUUAGUGAAUUUUCUUGCCACUGCUGCUACGACAUCCUCGUUAACCCCACCACCUUGAACUGUGGGCACAGCUUCUGCCGGCACUGCCUGGCUUUAUGGUGGGUGUCUUCAAAGAAAACAGAGUGUCCGGAAUGCAGAGAAAAAUGGGAAGGUUUCCCCAAAGUCAACAUUCUCCUCAGGGAUGCCAUUGAAAAGCUGUUUCCUGAUGCCAUUAGAAUGAGAUUUGAAGACAUUCAGCAGAAUAAUGACAUAGUCCAAAGUCUUGCAGCCUUUCAAAAAUAUGGGAAUGAUCAGAUUCCUUUAGCUCCCACCACAGGCCAAGUGAAUCAACAGAGAGGAGGGGGAUUCUUUUCCGGAGUGCUCACAGCUUUAACUGGUGUGGCAGUGGUCCUGCUUGUGUAUCACUGGAGCAGCAGGGAAUCUGAGCAUGAUCUCCUGGUCCACAAGGCUGUGGCCAAAUGGACAGCGGAAGAAGUUGUCCUCUGGCUGGAGCAGCUGGGCCCUUGGGCCUCUCUCUACAGGGACAGGUUUUUAUCUGAAAGAGUAAAUGGAAGAUUGCUUUUAAGCUUGACAGAGGAAGAAUUUUCCAGGGCACCAUAUACUAUAGAAAACAGCAGCCACAGGAGAGCUAUCCUCAUGGAGCUAGAACGUGUCAAAGCACUAGGCGUGAAGCCCCCCCAAAAUCUCUGGGAAUAUAAGGCGGUGAACCCAGGCAGAUCCCUGUUCUUGCUGUACGCCCUCAAGAGCUCCCCCAGACUUGGUCUGCUGUACCUGUACCUCUUUGACUACACAGACACCUUCCUGCCCUUCAUCCACACCAUCUGCCCUCUGCAGGAAGACAGCUCUGGGGAGGACAUCAUCACCAAGCUUCUGGAUCUUAGGGAGCCCACGUGGAAGCAGUGGAGAGAAUUCCUUGUCAAAUACUCCUUCCUUCCAUACCAGCUGAUUGCUGAAUUUGCUUGGGACUGGCUGGAGGUCCAUUACUGGACGUCACGGUUUCUCAUCGUCAAUGCCAUGUUACUCUCAGUCCUGGAAUUAUUCUCCUUUUGGAGAAUCUGGUCAAGAAGCGAACUGAAGACUGUGCCUCAGAGGAUGUGGAGCCACUUCUGGAAAGUAUCAACACAGGGGCUUUUUGUGGCCAUGUUCUGGCCCCUCAUUCCUCAGUUUGUCUGCAACUGUCUGUUUUACUGGGCCCUGUACUUUAACCCAAUUAUUAACAUUGAUCUCGUGGUCAAGGAAGUCCGACGGCUGGAAACUCAGGUGUUGUGACUGGCACUGCCCAGGCUCUGAGAGACUCUUCUAGUCUCCCUGACGUCUGAGCUUUGAUGCUUAGGAGGGCUGAGGCAGGGAGCGGACUUCCCGCUUUCUACCCCUAGCAAAGCAAGGUGCUGCUUCGUAUGUCAAA